UAAACCGCGAUCAAAGUCAAAGCAGCAAUAGUGCAAGCGCUAGCCGAAGAGUAUAAUACCGGAGUUAGACCGAGGUUCACACGACGCGCUUAGACCGACUUCUCGCUAACGAUUAUCGCGCCACGAAAUCUCGCCGACAGGUGUCCGCCCGGUGCUGUGAGCCGUGCAAGUCGAUCGCAAAUUGACUUAUUAUAUUAACGAUUACUCGUCGAAACCGCAGAGCAGAGCAACAUCGUCGCUGAUGUAUCCUUGCACUCCGGACAGAAACUCGCUGUCAAGAAGAUACAACAGGUAGUCUUGAAGAGGUUCGGAAGAAUUGGAAGUUCGAUUCUUCUUUCGCUUCUCCCCCCUCGCGGCGAGACUCGCAAACUAGUUUAAAAAAGCUCGCGGCGUUUCACUAUCUAGCCCGUUACGCAGUCCGUGACCGUUCGGCAAAAAAAUUCAGUGCAAGCUCGGCAGCCGGUGGUGACUGGUAUCCGUUACAGCUCCGUGUGUUUAUACAGUCAGGGACUGUACACCUGCUGCGCGACCGCCUUCGACAAACGUUUUGUUCGGGGUGCCAUGAGUAGUGCGACAGCCAACGGCGGGAACAGAGAUCGAAAUGGCCACGUGCUGGUUUGGGAACAGCCGGGUCUUGAUGAGCCGGACAGCAGACCUCCGCAAAAGCAAGCAGCUAUGGUGGGGUCACGUCACGUAGUGGCGUUCAUGCUUUUCUUGGGAAUGGCAAAUGCAUAUGUUAUGAGAACAAACAUGUCUGUGGCCAUCGUGGCUAUGGUGAAUCACACGGCCCUUCCAACGGACAAUGAAACUGUAACUGACGAGUGUGAUGGGACAUACAACAGUUCCUCUUCUACUUCAUCAGACGGAGAAUUCGUAUGGAGCACAAGCUUACAAGGAUAUAUCCUCAGUUCAUUCUUCUAUGGAUACGUGCUGACACAAAUACCCUUUGGUAUCCUUGCAAAAAGAUACGGAGCAAAGUACUUCCUCGGUGUUGGUAUGCUGAUCAACUCCGUCUUUGGUCUGCUGGUACCAGUUGCUGCGCAACAAAGUUAUUGGUUGCUGAUUCUUGUGCGCUUCAUUCAAGGCCUUGGAGAGGGUCCUAUCGUGCCUUGUACGCACGCAUUGCUGGCCAAGUGGAUUCCACCUAAUGAAAGGAGCAGGAUGGGAGCGUUCGUCUAUGCCGGCGCUCAGUUCGGAACUGUUGUAUCUAUGCCCCUGAGUGGUCUACUUUCUGAAUACGGAUUUAGCGGAGGAUGGCCGUCGAUAUUCUACGUUUUUGGACUAGUUGGUACCGUCUGGAGUAUCGCUUUCAUCUUCACCGUUCAUGAAGAUCCUGAGUGUCAUCCGAGUAUUGCAGAGGAUGAAAAGAAGUACAUCCUCAGUUCAGUGUGGGGAAGUGCUGGUGUAUCUUCACCACCUGUUCCUUGGAAAUCUAUCUUGAAGUCGCUGCCAUUCUGGGCUAUUUUGAUAGCUCACAUGGGUCAAAAUUACGGUUACGAAACACUGAUGACUGAAUUACCCACUUUCAUGAAGCAAAUUCUUCACUUCGACAUCAAGUCGAAUGGCACAGUAUCCGCGCUUCCAUACUUGGCAAUGUGGAUCUUCUCCAUGUUGAUCUCACACGUUGCCGACUGGCUGAUUUCUAACAAUAUCUGCAGUCACCAAGUGACGCGUAAAAUUUUGAAUACGAUUGGUCAAUUUGGGCCUGCGAUUGCUUUAGUAGCCGCCUCCUACACUGGAUGCAAUCCUACGCUUACUGUUGCAAUUUUAACCAUCGGUGUAGGACUCAAUGGUGGUAUAUAUUCUGGUUUUAAGGUCAACCAUCUCGACAUAUCGCCAAGAUUUGCAGGAAUUCUCAUGUCAUUCACCAAUUGUCUUGCCAAUCUCGCUGGGCUACUAGCCCCUGUGACGGCAGGAUACAUAAUUGAAUCAAAGCCAACGCAAGCGCAAUGGAGGAUUGUGUUUGUCAUAUCUGCCGUCGUGUACAUCGCUUGCGGAACGUUCUACCUUCUAUUUGCGUCAGGAGUGAGACAACCGUGGGAUAAUCCUGAGAAAGAUAAGCCAAAGAGAGUCAAGAAAGAUAUCGAAGGAGCACAGGCCUUAAACGAAACUCGGCACUGACCCAUUGCUGUUGAAUUUGGGCGUCGGUCAUUAAAGUCAUGCUCUUCUUAAUGAGUUUUUAAAUUACCCUGGCUUCUACAAUUCAUUCCCUCCAGACUGUUACGGAAAAUUCGAAGGAAAACAAGCGAAGAUGGUGCAUCUAAGUUCAAUUUACAAAUGAAUAAAUGUUGUUCUAGAAAAUGUGACGUAACCAUGAGUGGAGCUUAGUCUUCCCUGUAUUUAUAAAGCCAGAAGUGUUUGUGCCGAUUAUAUAUCGAUUUGGUGCAGUUCGUUCAGUAGGCAAUGUAUGUACUAGUGAUGAUCGACUUGUGUGUUAAAAAUGAUGAGAAUGACAUACUUAUAAUUACACAUGAUGAAAGGAAAAAAAAUCUAAUAGAGAGAUAGAGUGAGAGAGAGAAAGAGAGAAAUAGAGAGAGAGAGAGAGAGAAAGAUAGUGUGACAAUGAUAGAGUGCGUGAGAGAAAGCAUGUCUCCUAGAUGGACACAUACAUGUAUGCAUACUAACGAAGCUAUUUCAUAUAGCUUACAUACGUAUUUUGUCGUAUAAUGGUUUAUAAAUUGUUCAUACACACUUCACCGCAUUAUUAUACGAUUUGUAAAUUAUUUUUCUAAACAAUUAUUAGAAUUACUAUUUGAAGUACUCAGUGCCAUAAUAUUUAUUAUCUCCAUUCAGUUGUAUAUUUUGUUGUUCGUACGAAUAACAAUUUGCUUCUACAGUAAUGUGGAUUAAAAUAACAGUCGAGUUCAUAUCAUGGAAACUGUAACGGUUAUUCUUAUUUUUAUUUAUUUUUCAUCACGCAAGUAUUUCCGAUAUCUAAUCUUAUUCUAUAAAUAAACUUUUUAUUCGACUUAACGUUGUUUUUUUUCUCGUGGAAUAUGAAAGAAGUCUUAUUACAGGAUGUACCAACUUGAUUUAUAGUGUUGGGCGACAAGUUUUAUGGUGCUCAUAAUCACCACGUCACCCAAUACUCUUGAUGUACUCUUGGUAUUAUACUUGAUUUUUGUAUUCGUUUUUCAUUCGACCAUAUUUAUUAAUUCUAAAUUAUUGCAUUGAGCACUUCAUUCAAAACGUACAACAUGUAUAUAAUCAUAAUAAUAUUGUCAGAUUAUUGUUUGAUAUUGUCAAGAGCUUAAAGUUACGAAUUAGAUUUAUCGCAAAAAUAUUAAUUCUAAAACAUGAUUCAUUUACGUAUGAUAAUACUUUACAAGAAAACGUCAUAUUCACGAAAAUUGCUGUGAGUGGUUUUUCAUACUAAUUUAUUUGAUGAAAUUAUUGUUUUAAAUGAAUCUUGUUCUAGAAAAAGGAUUGCCGAGAUGUGAAAUCCAUUUGGCAGAAGUAUAUUUUUCUAUUCAUAUCGAAAGUUGAAGCCUACCACUAUUUUUAAAUCUUGGCACAAAGCUUACACUUCAAUCUGAUGAAAAAUUGGCUUGAUAAACAGGUUAAAACAAAAUGGUUAAAACGUCUUUUGAAUUAUCAUGGAAACCUCGUUUUAGUUAUAUGACGAAAAAAUGUAUACUCUAGUUUGCUUCAAGCUAAGAUAAAUAUUUUAUUCAGAAUGAGUGACCAUACUAGUUAAGAAAUUAUGAAAAAAUGACAAUUCAUUUCUUUUUGUUGGAUAUUCUUCGACGUACAAGUCGAGAUAUUUUUUCGAAUUUAUACAGAGUAAAUUCUUAUGAUUUUUGUGUUGUAUUUGUAGAUUUAAAUUCUGUAAUAAUUCAAACUCAACAGGUAUUAGCUAAUGUAUCUUUCGGCCGUUAAAUGAAAUGUCUAAAAAAUCAUACAAGUUUACAGAUACCAGUUGGAAAGUAUAAGAACGCUUAGAAGUAUCCUAACAAUUUAUUAAUUAACAUAAAUUUUAUAGCUAAAUAUCAUGUUUUGAGUUGAAUCUGCAAUUUUGGAUAAACCAAUUUCAUCCGACGUCUAGGCACCAGUAUUAGGGUAGAACGCCGCAUGUUCGCCACUCUUUAUUAUUUUAUUCUUAUUGCCAAUCACUACUUUAUAAUGUGUAAGGGAAUCAUUUCACAAAAAUGGUUCGGUCGAUUUAAGUUGACGAACUAUUGAAAAUUAUCUAAUUUAUUUACUCACUUCAAAGUCACCAUUAGCUUGUAUCGUUCUGUAACUAUAUUGUUAGUUUUGAUUGAAACAUAUUUAUUAUUCUUCAUUCGACGCUUGAAUUCAAAAUUGAUUUUGAACUUGAUGAAUUUUUAUCAAGGUGUCGCAUGUUUCGACCACAAAUGAAGCUUGCAAAGAAAUAAACAUAUUUCGAACACCACAGCUUCGCAAAAGCAAAGAAUUGGUCCAAUAGCCCAAUAUUUAAAUUUUCCAUGCACAAUGAGCGACAAAAAUUGGUUUAUAUACAUAGAUCGAUAUAUGUAUACGUAUAAGUAUUGUAGAUACUUAUGUGUAGGUUUGUGAUAAGUUAGGUAUUAGGGUAACAUACUACUUUUAACUAGUUAUUUAUACUUAUGAAAGAUAAUUACCUCUGUUAUACUAAAGAGAAUUUUUAUAGAAAAACAAACGCAAUUGAUUGAUGCACAGAAUUUUUUUUUUUUUUCCUUUCUUUGUAAUGAAAGUUUUUUUAACUCACACCAACUCCACGGCAGAUAAUCGAAAAAAAUGUGAUUAUUUUUAUACCUACGAUUUGAGCGUCGACUUAUAUCUAAAGAUGUAUGUGACUAUACUACCGUUUCGUAGUUGAUAGUGAAAGGGUUUGUAAAUAAAAAUCUUGGGGUGAUGAAAGAAGAUAUUUUAUAAAUAUUUAAAUAUAUUUCAUAAUGUAUGUAUGUCUGGAUGCGGCAAUGUGUGUCUUGAUCAAUCACUAUUUACCUGUGUUAUCCACAAUCUCAAAAGAUUUUCACAUACCUCAUUGCAUACAUUGCAGAUCAUGUUCCCUGUCAGAUAUGGCUCUACAGAAACUAACUUCGUUAGAUUGUAGCAGUCCAUUCACGUAAAUAUUUUACUGUAAUUUGGCUCAUAGUUUUACAUGUAAUUUAUCGAAUAUACAGACAAUACCCAGGAACUGUAACGAUGUCUAUUUUAAAAUUAUGUCGGUAAUUGUUGACUACUACUUUGGCCUUAAGUAAAGAAUGGUAUUACGUCCUUAAAAUAUAAUUGAAAGCUGUGCAGCUGGUAAUGCAAAUGAAGCAGAUUGAUUCUCAACUGCUAAAUAAUAAAUAGAGUCCGGUUAGUUAACUAGUCUUUGCCAAAAUAGGAUACGGCCGUAAAUGUUAAUUAUAAUUUAACAACGGAUACAUAUAAUGAUUUUUUUUUCAACUUAGAUUUUAUACUCAAAUACAGUGUUAUUUAUUCAUUGCUCAACAGGAGAGCCGGGUGAGACAGAGUACCACUGUUGUGGGCACCAGAUAAAACUGUUGCGUCAAUCGCACUCUGUGUUUAGCAACAAAUAAAUAACCGUGUAUGUAUAUCUUUACGAAUCAAAC